UCUUGCUGAGCCACCUGGAAUGCUGGAUAGCUCCCUUGACAAUUAUUUGGAUGAUCCUACCUUGACCUUGUUUAUCAUGAACCUUGAACCCCUUGCUCCUCUCCUGAACUUCCUGAUAUAAACCAUGUCUCAGCACUUCCUGUUUGCCAGAUUAUUGUGCUCUCCAGCCAAUAUCGUGCUCCUUUUCAUCUCUGCUGUUAUCCGUAUUUUGCUACACUUGUUAUUGACCCUUGGCUUGUUCUCGACUAUGCUUCUGCCUGAUCCCAACCUGCGACUGCUCCUUACUGACCUUGGCUUGUUUAAUGACCACACUUCCGUUUGAUCCUUACCUGUUCAUACACUACCGGACCUCCGCUUGCUCACCUCCUGGUGGGGUGACCCGAGGACUGCGACCUGCUCUGAUGAACACCGGUUGGUACUUAGACUCCGCACCUCGGUUGAUCCCACUACUCCGCCACGGUGACCUGCCUGUGUACCUAUCCUGCUGGUUUCAGAUAAGCCUGUCCACUGCU